AUCUACAAACAUCACUGACGAGAAACCCCCGCUACGUGAGGACUUCGUUUGAUUUGUAAAUCAGCGCCGUUUCAGCCGCAGCAGCACCCCGUGGUUUGGAAAACGAAGGUCAGCCCCAGCUCCUCUCUGCCGCCUGAAAACGUCUCCUAAGCCGCUCUGCAGUGAUAUUUCUGCCGAUAAUGGACAACUUUGACAGUUACAGCGCUUCGGAGAAAGCGGAAGCCUCGGAACUUCAGAAAAUGAUCGCCAUAGAGCAGCAGAAAGCGCAGUUUCAGGCUCAGGUGCACAGUUUCACCGACGUCUGCUGGGACAAGUGUGUGGACACUCCGGGCUCCAAGCUGGACUACCGCACCGAGACGUGCCUGGUGAGCUGCGUGGAGAGGUUCAUCGACACCACCCUGGCCAUCACCAACCGCUUCACACAGAUGGUUCAGAAGGGAGCUCACUGAUGAUGGACUUUAAAGGGACUUUGCUGCGACAUAGAGAGUUUUGUUAUUCCCCCCCCUGGUGAUGGGGGAUGAUAUACAGAGGUCUUUGUCAUUGUGGUGAUUUUGUGUAACCAGGAAAACCUCAAAGUGAUGGGAUGUAAGUGGAGAGACACAUGUUAACCGGUUUAGCUAUUCUAAUUCUAUUAUAUGAAAAAAAAAAAAAAUGGAAAAAAAUGACCCUAAAGGCUCUGGAAUAUAUUAAAAUCUUUAAAUAGUUAAAAAGUGUCUCUUGUUCAUCUCUCUACAACAAGCACUUACGUUCUGGGGUUCAGUGAUCACAUGCUGUUUAUAUUUGUUCUACAAUGACAACUGUCCACCAGCCCCAGAUCUGAAUAGAAUUAGUCCUUUUGGAUCGUCAAUUUGAGCCUUUUCCCCCGCUUUUUUGUUUCCAGGAUGAGUAGUUCUAACUCCCACAAACAUCGUGCAGCUAUUAAGGGACCCAAAAAGAUGUAACGUCCAGUAGUUAACUAGCUAAAAAUUCAGAACAUGGUGGAGCACUAAUCUCUGCUGAAGACACUAGAGACUACUUUUGUUUGUUACCAAGUUCAAAUCCCUGAAAAUGAACAGAACAUGUUUUAUUAUUUCAAGGAUAUAAAAAAUGUAUCAGU